GUCAACACUGAGAAAAAACUCAUUAAAAGUGACUAUCGAAAGUGAAAAUUAGUUAAUGGCAUUAGUGAGUGCUAAUUGAAAUAUAUUUAGUAGAACAAAGUGCGAGCUGUGCGAACUUGCAAAAAAAUAAAAAAAAAAAUAAAAUAAAAACGAAAAAUAUUUCAGAACUGUGAAAAAGGCGGUGACUUAGAACAAAAUGUUUAUUCAGAAAAUGAUCGAUCAUGCCACACACUCGGAGUUAUGGAGUUUUGCAACGCUACUGGCCAUUGCUCUGUCCAUUUAUAGUUUAUGGGAUUAUAUAAAGUCAGUACUGCUCUCACUGAAGCUGUCAGGACCGGAAGCAUUACCGAUACUUGGCAAUUGCUUGAUCAUAAAGGAGAAAGACAUGCUCGCCAAACGCGUGGCAACAGCUUUCGGUCUAUACGGUCCACUAAUACGUGUUUGGGUUCUACUUUUCCCGUUCUUUGCCGUGCUGCAACCAGAUGAUUUGCAAGUCAUACUCUCUUCAAAGAAACAUACAGAGAAAGUGUUCAUCUACAGAUUGAUGCAUAAUUUUCUGGGGAAAGGACUUAUAACGAGUAGUGGCGAAAAGUGGAACGCUCAUCGAAAAUUCAUACAACCCAUGUUUCAUUUGACGAUUUUGGAGCGCUUCAUUGGCACAUUCGCGGACGCCUCUCAAACGCUCUUCGAGAACUUACACGCAUCCGCCAAUGAAGAAGUUAAUAUCGCCAAAUAUAUCAACAAUUGUGUCAUAGACAUUCUAAAUGAAGCGGUUCUGGGUGUACCGGUGAAACGACAAGGUGCCUUAGUGGAUAUGGAACAAUCACCAUUCAGGCAAGGAAAAGUGGUAGUCAACGAGCGUUUUUUGCAACCGUGGCUUCUGUUUGAGAGCGUUUACAAGUUUACGAAAAUCGCAUCAGAGGAGCUCGAUCAAAAGAAGCGUCUCGACCAAUUUACACGUAAAAUGAUCAAGCGCCGUCGUGAUAUGAUAGCGAGUGGAACAUUUGUCGGACGCAAGUGUCUGCUGGAUUAUAUGAUCGAAAUAUCGGAUAACAACGCUGAUUUCACCGAAGAUGAUAUAGUAGAUGAGGCCUGCACAUUUAUGCUUGCCGGACAAGAUUCCGUUGGCGCUGCAGUUGCCUUCACACUCUUCCUGCUUGCUCAAAACCCCGAAUGUCAAGAGAAGUGUGUUGCAGAAAUUAACGAUAUUUUCAUGGACGACCAGCGCGCCCCAACUAUGAAUGAUUUGCGAGAAAUGCGCUAUGUGGAGAUGUGUAUUAAGGAGGCGUUGCGCCUGUGUCCCAGUGUGCCUUUAAUGGCACGGAAAUUGGGGGAAGAAGUGCGUUUAGGAAAAUAUACACUACCUGCUGGUAGCAAUAUAUUUAUUUGUCCUUAUGCUACCCAUCGUUUGCCACAUAUUUACCCUGACCCCGAAAAAUUCGAUCCCGAACGCUUCUCGCCACAAAACAUGGAAACACGUCAUCCUUACGCCUAUAUACCGUUCAGUGCGGGCCCCCGUUACUGCAUUGGUAAUCGUUUUGCCAUUAUGGAAAUGAAAACCGUUGUCUCGCGUUUAUUGCGAAGUUAUCAGCUGCUGCCUGUGCCCGGCAAGACCUCCUUCAAUGCCACCUUUCGAAUUACACUACGCGCCUCAGGUGGUUUAUGGGUGCAUUUAAAGCCACGCGAAAAUCCUCUCAUCGAUUAUAGCAAUUAAGAAUGGUGUUUUGUGACUCCUAUAUUUAAGGUAUUAUAAACUUUUAGCUAUGGUAGUUGUAGCUCUAGUUAAAGAAAUGCUUGCGGGAACUUUUCACUCCCACAGCCAAUAGCUGUAAAGUAUUUAUAUGUAUGUGUAAGUAGGUACAUACUACUGUGAUCAAA